AUGGAGGUGGAAUCUGUGGGCGCGCUUUUCAAGCGCGCGGCCGAUCCAUGCGAUUCCGGGAAUGAGUUUGACGGCCGCAUCGGCCUGCGCAUCUCCUCGAUAUUCGUUAUUAUGGCCGGAUCAAUGUUUGGAGCUCUUUUCCCUGUUUUUGCACGACAGUUUGGCGGGGAGCGUGGGGUCCCUGGAUGGGCGUUCUUCAUCGCGAAGUACUUCGGAUCUGGAGUUAUUGUCGCAACUGCCUUCAUUCACCUCCUCGCUCCGGCUGAAGAGGCCCUCACUAACCCUUGCUUGACCGGCCCUAUCACCGAAUACAGCUGGGUCGAAGGUAUCAUCCUGAUGACUAUUGUCGUCCUAUUCUUCGUCGAGCUGAUGGUCAUGCGAUUCUCACGCUUCGGAUCUGGCCACGCUCACGACGAGGAGGGGCAUGCCCAUUCGCACUCCCACAUCGACACGGCUGAGCCCAUGGUUGAGGUGAAUAGCAAAACUCAUCACCACAUGCCCGGUGAAGACCACCUGGGCCACUCCCGUGAACACCAUGACCUCGAUGACUCCGAGAAGGAUGUUGCAGCCGCCGAAGAUUAUGCCGCCCAGCUAACAUCCCUCUUCAUCCUGGAGUUCGGCAUCAUUUUCCACUCAGUGUUCAUUGGCCUCACGCUGGCUGUGUCCGGUUCCGAGUUCACCACUCUGUACAUCGUCCUGGUCUUUCACCAAACCUUCGAGGGUCUGGGUCUCGGCUCUCGACUUGCCCUUGUUCCCUGGCCCAAAUCCAAGCGGCUCACGCCCUAUUUUCUGGGCUUGGGCUUCGGUAUCUCCACCCCCAUAGCUAUUGCUAUCGGUCUAGGGGUUCGGAAUAGCUACCCGCCGAGUGGGCGUACCACGCUCAUGGUCAACGGCAUAUUCGACUCCAUCUCCGCUGGCAUUCUCAUUUACACGGCACUGGUGGAGCUAAUGGCGCACGAGUUCAUGUUCAGUAGCUCUAUGCGCAAGGCCCCGAUUCGUGAAGUGUUGGCCGCUUUCCUCCUGCUGUGCAUGGGAGCUGCCCUCAUGGCCUUGCUAGGCAAAUGGGCAUAG